AUGGAAGCUACUUCGCCCCUCUCAAUCCAGCAAGCCCUGGAGAAGAAUCAGAGCCCGCAAUCCUCCCCAAAGCCAUUCAAGAAUAGGUUGAUUGCCGGAGUAUUCCGAUCUCCUUCCUUCAGAGAAGACACAUAUCAGAUUUCCCACCUCAAAAAAUCCGAGAAGAAAGCCCUGGGAGAGCUCAAGGAGAGGCUGGCGGCAUCCACCGAUGGCCCCAUCUCUAUGUGGGGAAUACCAUUGUCUGAAAAUGCUGACGACCGUGCUGACGUCAUCUUGCUCAAGUUCCUCCGGGCUAGGGACUUCAAAGUGGAGGAUUCCCUCACCAUGCUCCUCAACUGCUUGGCUUGGAGGAAGGAAUUCGGUGCGGACGCAAUUUUGGGGGAGGAGUUAGGGUUCAAAGAGCUGGAAGGAAUUGUUGCUUAUAUGCAGGGGUUUGACAGGGAAGGGCACCCUGUCUGCUACAAUGAGUAUGGGGUUUUCAAAGACAGAGAAAUGUAUGAGAGGGUUUUCGGAGAUGACGAGAAGCUGAACAAGUUCUUGAGGUGGCGAGUGCAGAUUCUUGAGAGAGGAAUUAAGCUGCUGGAAUUCAAACCUGGAGGAGUCAAUUCCAUCAUUCAGGUCACUGAUCUUAAGGACAUGCCUAAGAGGGAGCUCAGGACAGCAUCCAAACACAUCCUCUCCCUGUUCCAGGACAACUACCCUGAAAUGGUUGCCAGAAAGAUCUUUGUAAAUGUGCCUUGGUAUUUCAGCCUGAUGUAUUCAAUGUUUAGUCCAUUUCUGACCCAAAGAAGUAAGAGCAAGUUUGUGCUCUCCAAGGAAGGGAAUACUGCAGAUACUCUCUACAAAUUCAUCAGGCCUGAGCACAUCCCGGUUCACUACGGCGGCCUGAACCGGCCGGGCGACGCCCUCGACGUUCCCCCUCAACCGGCGUCUGAGUUCACCAUCAAAGGCGAAGAGAAAGUGAACAUUCAACUCGAGGGUAUCGAGGGGGGUGCAACAGUGACAUGGGAAAUUGUGGUGGGAGGGUGGGAAUUGGAAUACAGUGUGGAAUUCAUACCGACUGCUGAAGGUAGCUACACCAUCGCGGUGGCGAAGCCGCGGCGGAUGUCGGCGGAGGAGGAGGCUGUGCACAGCUCGUACACCGCCGGAGGAGCGGGGAAGCUGGUGGUGUCGGUGGACAACUCGGGGUCCCGGAAGAGGAAAGUGGGGGCUUACCGUUACAGUGUCUGCAGAUCGUCCAAAGGUGUUGUGCUGCAAAUGUGAGGGAGGUAAGAAGAAGAAGAAAUCUGAAAUGAGUUUUGUUUGCAUUAAUUAAUUAAUUAUGUUUGGAUGGUGUGUUUUAAAGUGGUGUUUAGUGUAAUGUCAUGAGGAUGGUGAUUAUGUAUUGUAGUAGAAUUAUAUAUAUAUAUAUAUAUAUGUGCUUGUUGUUGACGCUUGAAAUUUGAAAGAUACAUGUGAUAUGUAGUGUAGCAGUGAAAUACUGAGCAGUGGGGCACAGAGAGUUUGGACUUUUGGAGCAUUGUUUGCAGGGUAGGAUGGGGGGUGGUCCUCCCUUUCUCUCUGAAUAUGGUUUUGUUGGAAUUGGGAAGGUCCUGGAAGCAAGAAGAAAGAUUGGGUCCGGGCCCUGCCUUGCCUUGCCUUGCCUGAUUAUAGUUAUAUCCUUGCGGGCCCUGUCUGGGUUCGAUUUGGUUCCUCGAGUAUUUACAAGAACAUAAAAAUAUAUAGAAUAAAAGCGUCGCCUUCAAAUUUGUUUGGAAUUC